AUGAGUCAAGUACCGAGUGACUUCUUCUCAGAUAAUUUUGAUUUUGAUGAAUUUUAUGAUCCAGAAAAUAUAAUGGAUUGGGCGCAAGAUCCAUUUAUUGAGACAUAUGAUAUUGAAAAUGAGCAAUAUGUAAGUCAAAUGUUAGAAAGAAAACGCUCAACAUUCAGAAAAUUUGGUUCAAAGGGUGAAUCUUUACCAAAUAAUUGGGAAGAAAAAUUGUAUCAGUUAAUGUUUCUUCCAAUCACAUAUGGAAUCCAAAGAAUGACGUUUCCUGAAAUUAAAAUACCAAGCAGUAAUCAUUGCAUAAUGGCAAAUUCAAAUGAUGUAUGCUUUCCAUUUGAUUGCGAGGAUUGGGCAAAAAUUUUAAGUUGCGAUGGAACACUGAAUAUAUAUUGUUCUUACAAUGAUACAAAACAAUGCAAAUACUUUUGUAAAUGGCUUCCAAUUGUUGUAAGAGAAAUCACAGAAUAUAUUUAUGUUAAAAUCACACAAUUAUUAAUGGAAAACAAUCAAUUUGAGGAAAAAUUAGAAUCUAUGUAUUGGUGGCAAAUUAUCAAGAAUCGUUCCGCAUACAUUCCAAAUUGGGGCAAAAAUAUUUCAUGCAUUUUAAUACAACCAAUAUCUGAAUGCAAAAACAGAAUAUUUCCAUGUCCAAUUGUUCAAUCUUUACUAGAAACCAUUGAUCAAAAACCCAGCGAUGUCGUUCAAAUAAAUGAGAAUGAAACUUCUCUAGAAUCAGAUAAAAUUUCUAGAAUUGUGAAAAAAUGCUCUAAUGAACCGAUGGUAUAA